GGAGCUGGGAGACGCGUGCGCGGAUUGUCAUGGAGAAGACCCAUUUCUGGCCGCGCUUGGUGGAGCCCAUGGCCUUUCUACAGCCGCCAGCAGAGGCUGGGCCACCCGCGCAGGCAUGGCAGCACUGUUGGUUGGACUUUCUGGUGGCUCAUCAAGACUGGCGGGGCCUAGCUGCCUGGGUCCGCUCGUUGCCGUUGAGGAGUACGGACCUGGUGAAUGAAGAAGGAAAAAGUGCCGUGGACCUGGAGAAGUUCGAGCAGCGCGGCCUUCGUUUCUGCACCUCCUUCAGCCGCGAGGUGUUGCUGCAGCAGCUGGGCCGCCGCGGCAUCUUCUGCGGCGCUCAGAGCUGGGAGGCGCUGCUGGGGCGCUUGACGUCCUGUGGAAAACUCUUUGGGGAAGGACAACGACCAGAGGUGACCCCAUUGGCCACGAAGCUGGAUGAAGAUGGCGAGGGUGGAGUGCUGCCACUGGAUCAGCUCCUGCCCAUGGCAAAAAUGAGCCCCUUCCAUUGUUUCUUCAUCAACUUCUGCAUCAACAAUGAUCUGCCUGCCUUGUUGUUGCUAUACCUGCAACGAUACGACCUGGCCACCACAAUGAGUUCCUUGAAGGAACUGAACAUCCAGCAGUCUCAGCGACCCUGGGCGCCGCUGCUGCUGGUUGGUCGCCUGGGCAAUCCCCACCUCUUCGCGGCGUCGCUGCACCACGCGGCCUUCGUCUACAUGUCCGACAUUCCCAGUGAUCGUUUGCGGGAAGACGCGGAAGGGGUGCCAUUUCUUCCUCUCACCAACUUGGCCGAGUCAAGGCCUAUCGCAUUCUUGGCCACCCUGAUGUUUGCGCCUGUGUCUUCAGCCAUUGAAUUGUUGGAUUCAGACGAGGACUCACCAUGGGCUGUGGACAAGGCAACCUUGCAGAAGGCAGUCGCAGCCUAUCCAGGCCUUUGCGAGGCUUUCUUCCAAGGAGUAGAGGGAAGCCGAGCGAAGCAGACAUCGGCUCCGAAGUUUGACCGGACAUAUCGCCAGAGUUUGGUGGAGGCUGUCACCAGCGCCAACGCGACACGAAAGCCGCUGCAACGAGGCUCUAAGGCAAUGGAUUAG